AUGGCCAUUGGUGGUACCCUUGGUACUGGUUUGUUCUCGGGAUCGGGGGAAGCACUUCGAGAUGGUGGCCCAAUUGGCCUCAUCCUUGGACACAUCGUCAUGGGGUUAAUUGUCUACAGCAUGAUAGCUGCUCUGGGUGAGAUGGUGAUAGUUUUCCCAGUUAAAGACCCUUUAAUUGAAUACCCUGCCCGCUUUGUUGAUCCAGCGUUGGCCUUUGCAUUUGGCUGGAACUAUUGGUAUGCUCUAUGGGUUUUCUUGUAUGCAAGAUGCUUCAUUAAUAGUUCCCAUUGCAGGUACUCAUUUGCGAUCACCCUAACGACUGAGAUCACUGCCGCAGGCAUGAUGGGUACUUCAUUUUUCCCCACCGGGUUCCGCUACAUAGGUUUUAGGCGCCAGUAUAGCUGUCAACCUUUGUCGAGGCAGGUGGUUUACAAAACUGCUACAAAAAUUGCUACUGUGGCAGGAGCGAUUCUUUUGGGGAUUGUUUAUAUCUCGGGUGGUUUUCCAAAGCAGGAUCGAAUCGGGUUUAGGUACUGGAUUGACCCUGGUCCAUUCAAUCAAUUUGAUGAUAUUCCUGGCUCUCAAGGUCGAUUCCUAGCCUUCUGGUCGGUCUUGGGUCACGUCGCUUUUUCACAUCAAGGUACGGAGAUCAUAGUUCUGGCAGCCAUAGAAACAGAAAACCUCAGGAAGAAGAUCCCCAAAGCCAUCCAGGCAGUUAUAUAUCGGAUCUCGAUAUUCUAUGUUGGUAGUAUGACUGUCGCUGGAUUAUUAGUAGCUCACAAUUAUGAACUAUUGGGCGCCGCGGGUGCCGGUGCUGCAGCUUUUUCGCCAUUUAUCAUUGCAUUCCGAUCAAUAAAUGGUGAUGGAGUAGCUGUUGUAGUUACUCUAGGUUCAUUCAUCAUCAUCUCACUAAUACCGGCACUAAGUUCACACCUAUACGCUGGCUCGGAAGUUUUGUUUAGUCUAUAUUCUUAUGAAAAUGAAAAUGGACCAUUAGCACCAAGGUGCUUCUCACGCCGUGCGCGCAAUGGUGCCCUUUUUGUUGGUAUAGGCAUUACAGCUGUGUUUGGGUUACUGGCCUAUAUCAGUACUAAGGGUAGCCUCGAGAGAGCUAACGAGGUGUAUGAAGAUUUUUCAAGGAUGUCAUCCAUCUCAGUUCUUAUGACGUGGUGGUCCAUCCUGCUUACAUACAUCCGAUUCUAUCAUGGAGUGUCAAAAAAAGUCGGAAUAGAUCGUAACAUGUUUGUCUAUAAGGCACCUUAUCAACCAUGGCUAUCUUGCUUUGGAUUCGCAAUGAUUACCUUGGUUGUCAUUUUCAACGGCUUCGAGGUCUUUUUAAGAGGCGAAUGGUCAACAUCCAAAUUCAUCUCAGCAUACAUCUCGCUUUUGAUAUUUACCUUAUGUUUUAUCUGGUGGAAGAUAUCUCAAAGAACACGUUUUGUGAAGUUGGAUCAAAUGGACUUCGAAACAGGCAGAAGUGAAUUGAACCCACUUCAUGGCGUUGUGGAGGAGGAGAAGAACGUUAACUCAGUUGGCAAAUCCAACAACUUCUUGCAAUGGGCAAGAGAGGCAAGGAAAAGUGGUGCAUCUGGAUGGUGGACAGUCGGUACUCGUAGUAAAACUGGGCCUCGCAAGUCUCAACAGGCCACUCCACCCUCGCAACUUGAUGAAAUUCCCCUCCAAACUCAUGAUGCAUCAUCUUCAACCCUGCGUCCUCCGACAGACUGUCCAGCACAUCUCCGCCCGCUUUAGAAUCACUAUUCAUUGCUUUCUAUAAACACUGAAACUUGAUAGGAAAACUCCGCAAU